AUGUGUACAAAUGUGUAAUGUAUUGCAUUGGAAGUACUCUCCGUUUACAAUUUUUGGGCUAAACUCGCCCGAUUACUCUAAGAUCGACAACCAAAUCCCGAAAUAAUUUGGCGUAAACAUUAAAUAACUGUCCUAAGAACGACAAUCUCCUCAUUGUACAGUCAGUGUCUAUUUUAUUCAAGCUGUUAGUCAAUUGUCAGUUCGAUUUUCUACAGCUUUUGCAGCAGCUCAGCUGCUCAAAAUCCAAGAUGGAAGCUGUAGCUAAACACGACUUCAAACCAGAGCCCUCUGAGGCCGAUGACGAGCUUAGUUUUAAGAAGGGUGAUAUUCUAAAGGUUCUGAAUAUGGAUGAGGACCCCAACUGGUUUAAAGCUGAACUAAAUGGCAAAGAGGGAUAUGUACCAAGUAAUUACAUUGAAUUGAGUGCCAAUCCGUGGUUCAUUAGUGGUGUCACAAGGGCAGAUGCGGAAAUCAUAUUAUCACAAAAGGCUCUUGAUGGCCACCCUAUUCAUCGAGAUGGUGCCUUUCUAGUCAGACAGAGCGAGACAUCGCCGGGGGAGUUCUCAUUGUCAGUCAGAUGUGGUGAUAAAGUACAGCAUUUUAAAGUGUUACGUGAUGGGGAAGGAAAGUAUUUUCUUUGGAUGACAAAAUUUAAAUCUCUGAAUGCUUUAGUGGAUUACCAUCGAACGUCAUCUAUCAGUCGAACAGGAGAUACGAAAUUGAGAGAUAUGAAUACAGUGGUAGCAGCAUAUGAUUUUAACCAGAGUGAAUGCCCUGAUAAAGAAGAGCUAAGGUUCUGCCAGGGUCAAAAAAUCAUAGUAAUGGAACACAUUAAUUCAGACUGGUGGCGUGGUCGAGUCCAAGGAGGAAACAAAACUGGCAUGUUCCCAUCAACAUAUGUGACUAGUGUAGCACGCAAAGACUUAGACCAAUGAAACACCAGUCACAUGGCUAUAAACUCUUCAAUUCUUAAGUGACAUAUGCCCACAGUGCUAUAUUAAUGUAUGCGCAGAUCACUUAAACUACUUGCUCAGCUUGAUCUAAGUCUACUCAGUAUGAGAAGAUGCAUCAAUCGAUGCAGAUUGUUCAGCUCAAGCUUGACAUAUGCUUUCCAUGUGGGAUAUUGCCUAAGCUAACUGCUAACAGGAAACAGUGUCUACAGUCGUGAGCAUAAAAAGGUGUCACUGUUUCUGAUGAGGUUGCUUUUGAGUGUUUCACCUGACUCCAGUAUCUGCGGUAUUAAAGUCGUGAUCUGAUGUGAAAGACUCCAUUGUUGAAGUGACAAAACAUACCCGAUGUCCAAUUUGGCUCCUGUCAUUCUGUGAUUAAUUUGAGGCCAGUACUUGCCUACAGAGACAACCAAGUAUUAAGAGCAUGUUCAUCCUGCUGCUCACCUUUAAAUGUAACCAAAUGGCAUUCUUUUCACAGAUCUGGAUUACUGCCAAAUGCUAAGAAUAAGAGGGCAAAACUUACGGAACAGCAAUGUCAUCAAUGGAGGUGUUGAAUGGUGCAUUCUGAUGCAUCUUUUCUUACUGUGUGCGCCCUAAAAAAGCCCAUUUCUCAACACUGUGCUGUUCAAGCAUGGCAAUAUUGGGUCAGUUAGAAACUUGCACCUUAUUGUAUUCAAAUGGUGAUGAUAUUUUACGUGAAGAUCCUUUAUCAUUUUUCAAAACACUUUUUACCAGUACGACUUCAAGUACAAGAGACUAUUUUGGGUAGAUGGUUCUGGUUGUAUCUCACUGGUUGCUGCAUGGUUGAAUCACACAUUGUCAUUUGGGUUUUAUUACAAUCAUUAUGAACCUACAGCUGAGUAUUUGUGCUAUAAUGUGUAAUUUCACUAUCAAUGUAUAUCAUUGUUAUGGAGAGCUGUCCUUUAAACCAGGAUGUCUGCUUACGGUAUCAAAUAUUACCAAUUAGUAAGGUGAUGAGACAAAUAAUGAAGCCUCUUGCUUUGUUAUAUUGUAUAUAUGUUUGAUUGAUUUCUUGACACCGUUUAUCUGAAGGUAGACUGGUUGAUACGUUGCUGAAGGCUUAUUUUUGUAAGUAAUUGUCACCACUUUUCAUUGCGUAGCUCGGGAAAAAUCAACUAAACUAGAUGGCUGAUCUCCGUUUCUUACUUAAGGUACUCUUCCGGUGCUAGAAUGUGAUGAGUUCCAAAGAUUGAAUGGACAAAUAUCUAAAACCAUGAUUGCAUUUUGUUGUCUGAGACAGUCUUGUACAUUGUACCAUCAUCGAUGUCGGGAGAAUUUGUUUUGUUAUCCAGUGUCGGGGGGAUUAGCCACAAGUAGUUUCUGCAAUUUUUUUUUCGUCUAGCUAUCUCUGCUCUGAAUUUGUAGGUACCAUGGAUAUAGUGUGGCGAUAUUUGUUUAUUUUUGCCUGGAAACCGACAAAAAUGAACAAAAGUUUGCUGAUCAUGUAGCUUUUUUUAAGGCAUAGUUUAAAUUAUACAAUAUCAAUUGAAAAUGUCAUUGUAAUAUAAUAGUAAUGUUGCUUUUCAUUGGUACUGAAUCAAAAUCAUCGAUUAUCUGGAUCACAUUUUCCACAAUUCAAUUGUGAUGCCAUUGUUUAGAAUGACCAGUCGCGGUCAGUCAUUCAUCAUGCCACAAGAGGGCAGUAUAAUCCAUCUAUAUAAUGUUACGUGUUUACAACUUUAGUGUAGAUGAAUAUCUGUGUCCACAAAGUUUUAUGGUGUCUGCAUAACUGCCAUGACAAGCUGUGUGCUGUUUAAUUCGCGUUGAAGUCAUAAUGGCGAUCUUGGUGGGUCGCCUUAUCCUGUCUGCUGGAAAAAAUCUCCAUCAAACAAACGAUUUGGUGUAGAUCACUGCAUUUGUUUGUUGCUUUACUGCAGUUACAUAUUUACCGGUAACAUGGAUAUAAUGAGCUCUCGUGGAGAGGCGUUAUGAGUGUGUAUUAGUAAACAUGUUCAAGGAAAUGGAAAGCAAAAAGACAUCGUCUUCUUCAGAAGUAAUCACAGUUGAGUUGCUGCAAAUGCUUGCGCAUGCUGGUAGUGAAUUCUACAGGAACUAGAACUACAGUGAUAGAGACAAAGUGAAUGAGAAUGGAGUAGAGAGUGAUUCUGACAGCUUGUCUGGUAUCAUAGUGUUGCAUGUCAUUUGUAUACAUAAUAACAUACACACAGUUGUAUACUCAUGUAUUUUGGAUUUUAUGAGUACAGUAGUAACUUAUUGAUUUGUAAUUUGAGCUGAUGACUGGUGAGAGUUGCGUGGAAACAGACCAAAACUGGUGUGCAGAAAAUUGAUGACUUUCCCCACCUUUUUCUAAAGUAAUGAUUAGUUGAUUAGGCCUGUUUCAGGUGGGAUAGGCCAUUUGUCGAGGCACCCCCAACUAGCUGUACAGCAGUGACACAGUAUGUCUGACAGGAAUGCAUCAAGCAAGAGGAACAAGAGGUGUCCUGUUUCUAGCUGCUUGUUUUAUUGAACUAUUCAUUUUCAUUUGUUUUGCAUAAGGAGUAAUUCUUUAUCAACCUAUGUUUUGUUGGAGUACAGGCGUACAGUUUACACUGUCAUGAUAAUCAGUUACAUCCAGUUCAAGUGGGAAAUGGUGAGCGUUGGCCCAUCGGCGUUGGAAUGGGUAUAUUGGGAGGGGUUCAUGGAUAACUUGGAUUCUUUAACCACUAUAGAGGUACAUGUUGGGUGAUGAUACAGAUUGACUUUCAAAAAGCCUACAAAUCCCAACAGUGGUGUACAUGUACAUUUAUAUUCUAGAUUCAAAAUUGAUUCGGGUAUCAGUCGAGAGGUACUGGUAUAUGACUGUGGAAGAAUUCUCAUGAACUGCUUUUAUGUCCAUAGACAGAUUGAUAGAGUAUUUUGAUACACCGGUUUAUUAAUGUGUUUUGAUGAGUACAUGUACAAAGACUUGGGGUGCCACAUACAUGUAUAUACCUGGCUUUCCAUCAGUACUGGUGCUCCUUUAUUUGUUAAUGUACGAAUUCCUACCCAUAAAAUCCAAACUUUUAUCUGGUAAAUCCCUACACCGAGUUAUCAUGGGUUACCGACUUCAAUUUAGGGAAGAUACAUGUUUCGCAGGCCACCUGCCAUGAUCCAUCGCCACUGGGACGGGUGAUUUGAUCUGAGUAGCUUAAUGUCAAGUCUGGCCGGCAUCAUGGAGUUUGGCCCACACAUCUUCAUUGUUUGAUGUCACACUGUAUUAGACUGAGCCAGUACAUCCUCCUCCUGGGAAUCAUCUAUGGUGUAUAGACAGCUGCAGUGCCAUUGUUUACCAUUGGGCUGUGUUGAAAACAUUGACAGAGGUGACAGUCUUCUUUCUCCUGAAUUUCUUCACAGCUGAAUGUCAAAAGGCAACUGUUUCGUAUGACAUGUUGAAACAUGUUUGGCUCUCAAGGGGAUGGGGAUCCUAACUUGAUAAUCUUGUAACAGGAGUUGUGACCUUUAGAGAAACAUGAUCAGGCUCAAGACUACAUGUGUAUGUCUUUAUAGCACAGUCUUUUACAAUGUCUAUCAUGCAUGUAGGUGUAGGUUAGAAGGUGAGGCGACGUGUUCGUAUCUCUUAAAGAUAUGGUAGUUCUGCAGUUAAGCUUUAUUCACAAACAUACCUAUUCAUAUGUUGAAAUAACUUUCUUUAUUGUCAUUAGUAAUUCCUAUUUCAAUUGCAGAAUGUGCCGGUAUGUUGUAAUUUUUAUAGACGAACAUAUUUUUGCUCGGGUGAGUGAUUUAAAAAUCUUGUGAUAGGAGGUUGGGAUUGCAGAUUGUUGAACAAAAAGUCAUGGUUUGAUUAGGUCAAAAGUUGAAGCAACGUCUUUGCCAUUUAAUCAAAUUGUGGGGAUAUUCUUCUUUAUUUUGUAGCUGCUUAUGUUCUCAUUUUGCUCGAGCGGGUUGCUCCAAGAUGAAAAUAUAUCUAAUCUUAAUGCUCUCGUUUUCACAGUUUCUCUUGCCCUUUUCUGGAGUGGUUGUGAUCGGAAUGAAUUUUCAUUUCGCAAGAAAAAAGCGUGUAUACCAAAUCUGAGGUUGACGAAUAAUGUUUCUCAUUUAAGAAAUCAUUAGAAUAAUGAGUUUGUUGUGGUUUAUUGUGCGUAGUGUCAUCGUUCAAUUUCUUUCUAAUUGGUUUUGUACGAUCGUCCUAUCUGUUUGUUAUUUUCCUUCAUUUAAAACAUUAUUUCCUUUAUUUCCUUUAAGUUUCAAUAGAUAUUUCCUUUAGCCUCAUUAGAUAUCCAAUCUUAUUAGGCACACAAUACAGAUUCGCUUGUCAAUGGCGAGACAUUAACCCUUGGUUGAGAUGCUCAACUGUCUGUUGGUUGCAUUAUUUUUCAUACAACCUGUAUAGAGGACCUUGACGUUAGUACAUGUAAGUACCUUGGAAUGCCCUUCCUGUACCUCUCUGUAAGGCCAGCUGUCAGCUAAUCAACAGCACCCACAGUACUUCAGUCAGGUUGGAAAGGACAAUGGGAAUGAUGAUGGUAUGUGGGAUGAACAAGGUGGGAGGUUGGAAAGGACAAUGGGAAUGAUGAUGGUAUGUGGGAUGAACAAGGUGGGAGGUUGGAAAGGACAAUGGGAAUGAUGAUGGUAUGUGGGAUGAACAAGGUGGGAGGUUGGAAAGGACAAUGGGAAUGAUGAUGGUAUGUGGGAUGAACAAGGUGGGAGGUUGGAAAGGACAAUGGGAAUGAUGAUGGUAUGUGGGAUGAACAAGGUGGGAGGUUGGAAAGGACAAUGGGAAUGAUGAUGGUAUAUGGGAUGAACAAGGUGGGAAUUUUGUACAGAGUGGUAAAGAGCAGUUUAUGAUGAUAGUAUGUUUUUAAUCCUGAUCAUCAUAAAUACCAAUCCAUUGUAUCAAAAGUAAAUAAAUGCUCAAUAAACUUCA